CCCAAAUAAUGCAAGCAGAGAAGCAGCAGCAGCCAUGGAGAAUCAACAUUUACGCAAGAUCCAAGAACUUCAAUUUCAGAUUCAAAGCAACAAGAUCAUUACCCUUUCCCUCCUGGAACUUCCAUCGACUCUCCAUUUUGUUUAGGAUCCGGAGGUACUUCAUCCUCCGAGUGAAAUCAGAGUCUCCCGAUCAACAACGACCAACUCUCAAAUCUAGACUCCUCAGAGGUUUCGAAAGGUUUCGUGCUUGUCGGGCCAAGAAACGCUCUUUUGCUGCAAAACAAACCUUAAAUCUUCAACCCCCAGAAACCAAAUCCUCCAUUAAUCAUUUGAGACGGUUAGCUCAUGAGGAACCAGUUUAUAUAGGUUCUUUAGUUGUUGGGAUUCUUGCAUUUCUGUUUCGAUCAACGUCUGUGAAAGUUAUAAGCUUUGUUAUUUUAUUAAACUUGACCAUGUUGCUGAAGAAACACGUUUGUGGAAGAAGAUCCAUG